ACAGCGCGCCGCCAAUCAAAAACGAACAAAGUAGCAUUAUAAGGAGAUAAUCACACACUGCUAGCUCUGUUUUGACGUUUGCGUGUGUGUGUGUGUGUGUGUGUGUGUGUGUGUGUGUGUGUGUGUGUGUGUGUGUGUGAAAGCAAGUCGAAGAAAAGAAGGGUCUGGCUGCUGUGCUUUCUAUCUAAUCUCUUGGAAGCAGUUUGAACUUUAAUGUGACUUCGAAAUAGUUAAACAUGGCGGCGAUGGGGCAUGAAAUCAGUGAGUGAGGAGGAGGAGCGUACUGAUGGAUAAAUUGAGGAUAAGUGGAGGACUCAAGGGCGAAGAAGGAGAGGAAGGAGAAGGAGGAGGACCCCAAGAUCAGGUGAUUUUUUUUUUUUUUUUUUUUUUUACGUUGUUGCCUAUUGCGCCGGUAGGCAUCUUCCCGGUGGGGCCUGAUGGUCGGCCCAGCCCGUUCUGGCGCAGGCGAGUGUUUAUAGUGGCGCCAUCUUGCAUUGGCUCAUGCUGCCCCCCGGAACUCGUUCUUGAAUCGCUUGGACGGCUUCCUCUAGAGUCCGGGUUGAUGGGUGGUCUUCAGGACAGCAUGUGGGUAGUUUUAAGCCACUCGGCGGUGACUGAAAAAUCCGAGUGGUAGCGUAAGGAUUCGAACCCGCGUCGUCCAUCACGCGGCGAAUGUGGGUCCAGUACGCUAUCACUUCGGCCACCGCCUACACACGAUUGCUAAACCCUUGCAGACAGUGCUCUGUCCUAUCACCUACUCUCUUCCUGUUAUUCAUCAAUGAUCUUCUUUCCAUUACAAACUGUCCUGUCCACUCGUACGCCGACGACGCCACUCUGCAUUACUCAACUUCUUUCAAUAGAAGACCAUCACAACAGGGAGUACACGACUCCAGACUGGAGGCUGCAGAACGCUUAACCUCAGACCUUCCUAUCAUUUCCGAUUGGGGCAGAAGGAACCUUGUGUCCUUCAAUGCCUCAAAAACUCAAUUUCGCCACCUAUCAACUCGACACAAUCUUCCAAACACCUAUCCCCUAUUCUUCGACAACACUCAGCUGUCACCUUCUUCAACACUAAACAUCCUCGGUCUAUCCUUAACUCAAAAUCUCAACUGGAAACUUCAUAUCUCCUCUCUCGCUAAAUCAGCUUCCUCGAGGUUGGGCGUUCUGUAUCGUCUCCGCCAGUUCUUCUCCCCCGCGCAGUUGCUGUCCAUAUACAGGGGCCUUGUCCGCCCUCGUAUGGAGUAUGCAUCUCACGUGUGGGGGGGCUCCACCCACACAGCUCUUCUGGACAGAGUGGAGGCUAAGGCUCUUCGUCUCAUCAGCUCUCCUCCUCCUACUGAUAGUCUUCUACCUCUUAAAUUCCGCCGCGAUGUUGCCUCUCUUUCUAUCUUCUAUCGAUAUUUCCACGCUGACUGCUCUUCUGAACUUGCUAACUGCAUGCCUCCCCCCCUCCCGCGGCCCCGCUGCACACGACUUUCUACUCAUGCUCAUCCCUAUACUGUCCAAACCCCUUAUGCAAGAGUUAACCAGCAUCUUCACUCUUUCAUCCCUCACGCUGGUAAACUCUGGAACAAUCUUCCUUCAUCUGUAUUUCCUCCUGACUACGACUUGAACUCUUUCAAGAGGAGGGUAUCAGGACACCUCUCCUCCCGAAUUUGACCUUGCUUUUGGCCACCUCUUCUGAUUCUUUUAUGGGAGCAGCGAUUAGCGGGCUUUUUUAUUAUUGUUUUUUUGUGUGUGUGCCCUUGAGCUGCCUCCUUUGUUGUAAAAAAAAGAAUAAAUUGUGUGUCUCGCGUCCC